AUGGGUAAAGCCCAAAGAAAAAAGAAAGUAAAGCCAAUAAAGUCAAAUCCGAUAAUUGAUGAGUCUGUUUUUACGAGUUUAGAUGAGAAUGAUACUUUAAAGCUACAAAAUAUUCUAGAAAGUGGUGAUACUUUACCCGUGAUAAAGCAGUUAUACUCACCUGACGCUAAAGAACGUGCGUGGGCUUCAAGUUGUUCUUCAAAUCUCAUAUUGGGUGACAGGAAGAUUCGUCGUUUACUGUUAUCACAAAAUCUUAUUAGUGCUCUCAUUGAGCGAUUGACUGAUGAUUACGAAAUAACACAAGAAGCUCUUGGUACAUUAAGAAACCUCACGGUCGUUGGUGAGCAUGAGAUCUGUGUCGAAAUGUACAGUAAAGAUAUAAUUACCCCACUGAUGGCAUUACUUCCAAAGGUUUCUGAAAUUAUCGAUAAUAUUCUAAGAGGAGUUCCUGUCAAAUCAGAUCCAAUUGCAGAUGCAAGAAAAACUAUAUGGAAAUUUGCGGAAAAUAUUAUCUGUAUAUUUUGGGCAUUAAGCGAAACAUCCCAAGAAAUACUUAGAAGCAUAAAUAAUACGAAUAUUGUUCCAUUUUUAAUGUCUUGUCUUAUUCAGUCUAAUGCCAUUCCCACCAACACUGUCGUUGCUGCUGCCCAAUGUCUACACACUUUAACGGACGAAAAUCCAGACAUCCAUAUUCAUUUUCAGCAGAAUCAACAAUAUAUACAAUCGUUAUUAAAUAUCAUCAAGUUUGAUGAAAGUAAUCCCUCGUCAACCGAAAAUUUGUUAUUUAUCAAAGUUCUAUGUUGUGGAAUUCUAUCGAAUAUUUGUUCCGUUGUCGAUCUUUCUACAUCAAAAUCGGAGUCCACUUUGUAUCUAAAUGAUUAUUUGAUACCGGUAUUAGUAUCUUGCUUGACUUUCGACAUUAACAAAGCUGCGAAUGAAGCUAUAGAGAACGUUUCAGAGAUUGAAAAUGCGCAAGAUUCAGAACCAAUAAAAGAACACCCAAAAUUUACAAUACCAACGGCAGAAAAUAAUCUAAACAGUAUCAAUGUACGACUAACGACUUUACAACUUGCUCUCGAAAUUUUAACCAAAAUUUUUUUGGAUUGUUUUUCCAACGAUGGUGACGAUGAUGGGUGGCAAGAUGAGCCUCAAGAAGACAAUGAUAUUAUGUCCGCUAAUGUUAAAGAAGAUACUAACAUAAUGGAAGAUAUCAUUAUGAUGAAUGGGAGUCAACCUGAUAAACAAUCAAAAAUUCAUUCGAUAUUAAACACUUAUGCUACCAUUAUUCUACCCAAUCUUUUUAAAUUGGCCUGCCCAACACAUUUAUCAUUCCCAGAACAACUUGGUCCUAACGUGUUGUCGAUGCCCUCAGCUACUCCAGAGAUCACUUCAUCGCUUGCAACUGUGCAUUUGAGAGCCAUAGAAUGCAUUAAUAAUUUUCUUUUAAUAAUGGUAGAUAAUGUCGAAGAUAAAUGGUGGUUUACGCAGCAUCGAGACGAUGCUAAACAAACAUGGGCAUUUCUAUUUGAAUUGAGUGGUCAAAUCACUGGAAAAGGAAUAGGUGAACCAGGACAAGAAAAUAGAGAUAAAAUUCUGGAUGUAUUAAUAGGAUGCCUUUGGACUUUGACCAGAGGGUUAGAAGGCGAUGUGCCUGUUACUGAUGACCAAAUUCAUGGUUUGAUUGGUUGCUAUGAGUUAGAUGUAUGUAAUACAAUGCGUGUAAAAGUAAUUGGUACAUUAGGUGUGAUUGCAAGGCGACAAAAUGCUAUAAACGAUAACAAGCUGAUAGGAACGUUCCUACUCAAUAUCCUAAGCUCUUUAAAAAAUGAUUUGGCGUCUCCGGAAUGUGUAAUCGAAGUUCUUAAUGCUAUAUAUGACAUAUAUGCUGACAAAGAUUUUGAUUAUGAUGAACCAGUUUUUGUUCAAGGUGGCUAUCUACCUUUACUCGAAAGUAUGGUUGAUGCAGUUCGUAAAAUGACGAAAUCUAUUGAUAAGAGAACGACACGUGAUUUACGUCUUCGCGCGGAUGAAGCUUACGAAAAUCUUAUUGCGUUUAUAAAGUAUAAAAGAGAUGAACAACAUAACUAG